UAUUUCUCCCUUCACGUAUUGGUAGAAGCUACUAGGUUGCUGUUUGACUGGACGUAUAAUGACAUGGAGAACGGUGGCAACAUCUUGUGGUGUGGGAAUUACAUUUCUGGUGGUUAUACCAUAUCUACAUAUAGGGAUUUUCCACUUGAAGUUAUGGGUACCUGAUAAAGAACCGGUAGACAAAGAGAACUGUAGAUGUACAUGCUGGGACACUGUUUUUAAAGGAUCUUACCAGAAUCAAGAUGUCAUCAAAUAUAAACACAUCUACUUUAACGCCACGGCACAGACUUUCUAUAUCUGGAUACUUACCACUUGUCAUAUGAUCGCGGCAUACGAGGCUUUAAAAUAUCUGUGUGUUACAGUGAGCUCCCGGAAAAGUCGAAUACCCAUGGUGUUUCUUUUCCUCAUGGACAUUUAUCCCCUUUAUUAUUCCUGGUGGAAUUAUCUUAAUUAUCUGAAUGAUGAUUUUUAUGAUCAGUUUGUACAUCAAUUUUUCUUUACAGCUACCGAAUUUAUAUCAACAUAUCUUAUACUGCAGCUAUGUUCAAAAUCACAACAGAUUGAUAAAUGGAAAAUAAUCACGAUUAUCUGUAUUAGUUCCGUGCAUUUACUGAUAGGGGGCGUUGAUCAGUUUUUCGUACAAAUGUUUCUAGGUAAAGGAAAAAUGUACCAGAAGUUACGUAAUUUCGGAUUUAUGUUACCAGACUUUUUACACAUCUUUUUACCGUUCUACAUCUAUCAUAAAUCGUUGAACGACAGCGGUAGUGUUAACUAUCGACAACCAAUGUGUACAAAAGUAGAUAUCUGUUUAGCGGUAUCUGCCGUGUGUUGUGGUUUUAUCGUUGGUAAAUUAAUCCUUUCAUGACAUAACGUACCCUAACAAAAACUCUCAUUUAUGACUAUCAGGUGCACUUUCGCCAGGACAUUACUGUACAAUAUGAAAUGUUUUCCUGGCGAUAGACAAACUACAAAAAAAUGAAAUAUAUUAGAAUCUUUCAGAUGAUUUAUAUACAUUAUGUAAAUUAGUCCCCUUGAGACAAUAUAUUGGAUGUACGCCACGAAAGAAAGUGCCCAGAACAUUUUAUUUUAAACAGAAUUGUACGUACAGAAUUUACAUUCUUUAUACUAGUAUUAAGAUAUCAACACCAAUUGAAUAAAAAGGAACUGAUUAUAUAAAUUGGUUAUAGAAAAAAGGUUAUUGAUCAGAAAACAAUAUGAUUAUAUACUAUAUAUAACAACAGUCCGUCUUAAUGACUCAUCGAUACAAGUACAUUGAUGUCGUGUUUACCUGUACAGUGCUGGAAGUGUGAACUGAAGCUAUGUUCCAUUUUCACCUAAAAAUUGACACAACUAAUUUUUGAUUCAAGUUUGUCAAAGUUAUAUCAAUGUGUUGGAAAGUUACUAUACUUGAUAGCCAGAGGCAUACAUUUGGAGAUUUAUACAUAUUUUUGCUUUUAUUUCACAUUGAAGUUGUCCAAUAAUAGUUUUGUUUAAACAUUGUUUAGACUAUGAAGAAGAUUCAUGUGUAAGUUUCAACUGA